AGAAAACACGCCGCCCGCACCGUUCACAUGUAAUCCGAAUUAACUCUGGAUGGAACUUUCGCCUCUGCGUUGCGCUGCAGCUUUAAAGGCUCGUGUUGUUGUUCGGUAGUCGCACGGACAGGAACCGGACCCCGUGUGUUUGUGCGUGCGCACGCCCGCGCGGACACGUUCUGGUGCUUUGCUGCUUUGAAGUCCAACAUGUGCGGCCGAGCACCGCCGCUGCAGCCGAGGCCAUGACCGUCCCCGAGCGGCGCCUGGCCGGGCUCUGGCUGCUCGUGGCGGCCCUGCAGCUGGUGCUGGGUCAGCCGGGCCCGGAGGCCGAGCGUCCGGCCCUCCGAGCGCUCAUCAACGUGACGCUGCUGAAGCAGGAGCCCACGGGGAAGCCCAUCAUUCUGGAGGGAGUGUUCGUGGGAGGAAGCGCCGGCUAUGCGGAGGGGAAACUAAUGCAGUAUCACCCUCUGUCCCUGUGCAACACCAGUGAGGAUGAACGGCAGGACAGCGACUUCAUCACCAUUGUCAAACUGGAGCACAGCGUUCCCCGUUGUCUACCUCUGCUCGAGAAGGCUCGCAUGGCACUGAGUAAAGGAGCUCGGGCUGUGAUCUUCGAUGUCAGUGAUGAUGCAAAUGCUGCUGCAGAGCUGCGAAAAACAGACUCUUUUCCACAUCCAGUGGUGCUGGUGGAGGCUGAGGAUGCCGAGGAGUUGAUGGGUUUGGUUAAUAAGAACGAGGAAGCGAGAGUUCGUAUUGAGAUCCUGGUGGAGCAGCCGAAAUGGCCACAUUAUGAUGUGAGUAUCCUGCUCACCAUAGUCCUGGUUAUUCUGGUCAUCAUCCUAAUCUUUGCUUUCCGCUACAAGUGCAAGUCCAACCGAACAUGGGACUCUGUCCAUCAGCAGACAAUGAGAGCCAUUAAUAGAUUAGAAACCAGAACCUACAACUCGCAGGGCUGCUCAGGGUCACAGCGCCACCUUGGGGCUUGGGGGUCUGCAAACAGUUCAAACUCCAGCCCUGUUUGUGCUAUCUGCCUAGAAGAGUUCCAGGAAGGACAGGACCUGAGGAUCAUCUCCUGCGGUCAUGAGUUCCAUAAAGACUGUGUUGACCCCUGGCUGCUGCAGCACCGCACGUGCCCCCUCUGCAUGCACAACAUCAUGGGGACAGAGCGCCAGCCUCAGAGAAACAGACUCCAGCAGAGUUCGGAACAAACCCAGAGCUUCCUGCACUCUCAGGAUUACAACAGUUCGCACAACCACCCCUUCCCUCAGCACGCCAUCCCCUUUUCUAUGAGGCCCCAGUAUCCUCGUGGACCCUCUGGACCUUAUCCCUCUCUGGGCCACUAUAGCGGCUCCUCUCCCAUGGACACUCAAAUGCUACGUCUGCUUACCAGUAGGCCCCUUGGUUCAGGCUGUAGCUACCACCUUCCCGCAGAGGGCCCAGUGACGCCCCACAGGAUUGGAGGAAAUUGCAGGACUUCCACUCACCACUACACCCCUCGACGUUCCUGCCACAACUAUCGCUCGUCGUGUCCGGCUCAACGCAGCGUGUCCAGCUCCAGACUUCAGCACACCACAUCCACACUCUCACAGCCACGUGGAGUGCCUCCCCACAGCCAGCAGGAUGAAGGCAGUUGCUCUGGCGGCAGCUACCAUACAGAGCGCAGCGGAUACUUAGCCGAUGGACCGGGAAGUGACUCCAGCUCAGGACCUUGUCAUGGCUCUUCCAGUGACUCAGUGCUCAACUGCACUGAUGUGUCUCUGCAGGGGGUUUAUGGCAGCUGGUCCACUUUUCGUAGCUCUCUGAGUAGUGACUAUGAUCCGUUUGUAUACUAUGGGCCAGGCUCUGGCAGAGCGCCUCGCAGAAACAGCCUGGAGGCAGGCACCCAUGCCCGUCCCAGGUCUCUGGAUUCAGUGGUUAACAAAGUAGGCUGCACCGAAGAACAGCCACAGACUGUGUUCAGCCACAUCCACUACCACCGCCACAGACACCACCACUACGAGGAGGGCGAGCACAGCCAAGGCCCCGGCAGAAGAUCAGAUGAGGAGCUGGGGGCAACUGCUGCAGCCACACCUGCUGCCCACAUUGUGGCCAAAGACUCACCUGCCAAGCACAGCCCGUGCCAGUGCCCAAAGGCAGAUUUCACAGAUCGGUCCAGUCCUGGGACUGGCGGACAGGAUCGGGAACACAGCACCCCCACGGGGCCUCCUGUCUUGGUGUCCCCAAUCCCCAUACAGCUCCAGCCUCACUGCUGCCACCAGGGACACAGACACCCUCCCCCUCCGCUUGACCGGGUGGGGGGCUGUGUGCUUGAUGGCCCUUCUGUUCGUUUCCACCACGGCCUGGAUCUGCAGGAUGAUCGUAGCAUCCACAUCCACUAUGGCCAAGGGGCAGGUUUCUGCUGCUCUCCUCCUCCGGAGCUGCACCCUGCCUUAGUCCCUGUGCCCCUCAUCCUGGACUCUGGAGGCAUGGAAGACUGGCCUUGUUGUGGCAGGGCCCAAGUUGUGUGGCAGAAGCGGGUGCAGCAGGCCCGUUCAGAGCCUGAGCUCCUGGGUCCUGGGACACCUAUGGACAGGCAACCCUGCAGGUUUCACCACAGCCCUACUGCUGACCGCAACGCAGACAUUUGUCUAUAUUGUCAAGCAUUAUGCCACAGUCAGGGAUCAGAAGAGGAGUCCGGUGUGUGAGAACUCAUUGCAUCUCCAGUUAUCACGCUGCUACACAGGAGCCAGAAUGAACAAGCCUGUCAGUGACUAUCGCUCUCACUUCUUCCACGUAAUUCCUCUGAGAACAUCUGAUGGUUCCCCAGCUCCCGGACUCACAGCUCACAGGAUGUUCUGUCAUUCAGCGGACAUACUCAGCUACCGUAUAUUAAUAAAAGUCAGAGUUCAUGUUUUUAAAAUUCAGCGAUCAUAGUAUUAGAUGCAUCUUCAAUAUAAUAGGUGCUUUGACAGUGCAGCGACAGGGUGAUGCUGGGGAAACAAAUCAGACGCUGCAACGGGUAAAACGUGUUUUCUACAUGUUUCAACUUCUCAACUAUAGGAAGAAUAUUCAGUGCAGACAUGAUAUAACAAGUUCCCAUGCUCCUUAGUGACACCCAACGAGUGUCGAGCCCUCGUGACGCGGGACUCUGUCUCGGUCUUGUUGGCUCGAUGACUUGAUUUAUCUUCGAGGUACAGAGUUUCACUCGUGAUCUUCCCUCUCUGAGUCCCAUCUCAGCUGAGAGAAGCUUUUUCUCUUCAGCCUACCUCAGCUUAAAUCUCACAGUACGCCUCAAACAGGGUGACUUUAAGGUACUGCUGUAGUGAUUAUUUUUUUCUUUUCUUUGUUUUUUUAAGUCACAACCAUGUAGCUUCCUUAAACUCAACAAACCAUUUUCCUCGUGGCAGUGUGACCAAAUGGAGUGAAGUGUUGAUCCCUCAGACACGGAGUAUUCAGUGAGGUUGCUGAGCCUUGCAUGGGCCUUGUUUUGAUUGAUUCAAUAAUGGCAGCUGUUUUCAACAUGUUUGUGUGUGUUUUGGAUCUUUUUUUUUUUUGUGGACCUAUUUUUUUUUUUCAUCUUUCAGAAAGGAUCGGUUUGACUGAAUUAUGUCUUCAUCAUUACAAGCUAUCAUCUUGUUCUCGUCGUUUCUCUUGCCAAUAGUUACUUCACACGUUUGACCUCAGUGCUGUCGAGCUCUGAUCACUGCAGAGCGAACUCAAAAACAGCAAGCACAUUGUCUCCUCAGCGCCGUGUGAUGUCACAUCCCUGAAUUAUAGGCCCUGGCAUUGUCUUCCAGCAACUAAAGCUCAACACGAACAGUAAAAACUGUGACUGUUUAAGGAUACGGCCGGAGUAAACCCAACUUCACAGUCACUGUGGUGUAAUGAAAACGAGUGUCUUAUCCCAUGACUCUCAUGAUUAGAGCCUGAGGAACGGCUCAGGAACAAUCAGACACUGGAAAAAAUAUGGGAAAAAAAUUUGUCUUAGUUUACAAGAAUGAGACUCGUGGCAACAGAAAUAUAUUUGUUGUGGUAAAUGUUUAAAGUCGAGCCCCUGAGUUGAGCUUGCUGCACUUGAAGAUCCACCUUAAAUCAAAGAAUAAUACAGUGUUUUACAGGGGUUUUUUUUUUAUUGUUUUUAAAUUGCUAACAUGCUUUCGUCAAACUAAAGCCACUUUUUCAAAAGUCUUCACACAGUUUGUGUUACCAACAUGCAUUGUGACCAAUCUGUCCUCCAAACAUCACAGAAAUCACCAAAACACUUUAUACAUGACUCAAAAUAAGUUCAUUCGACUGUAACACGUAACAGUUCUCACCCAGAAAGAGUCUGCACGGCUCGUCUGUUCAGCCUCCAAGAUAUGAUCCACAGGAUCGUUUCCUAAACGUGUUUCAGAGAACACGGAGCAUAAACCUGGUGCACUGUUGGAUUUGUUGCAUGCCACCGUGCUGUUGAGCACGAGGACGACAGUAUCUGUGACAACGGUAUCUCUGAUACCGGUGUCACAGACUGAACAGUCCCCCCCUAAAAAUCAGUCCGCCCUGCUUUCACUGUGCAUGCAUCAUUUUGGAGCACAGCAGCGUCAUUUCUGAGCG